AUGGAUCACCAAGUCUUGGCGCGGGAGUUCCUGCGUUCCAGAGCCAACGAGCUGCAAGUGCCUCAAGACAAGAUGGACAUGAUGGCCGAAGCAAUUAACGACCUGCAGUAUGCUCACGAGGAGCUGGAGGCAACACUUCUACGCGAAGCUGAAACUAUUAACGAGCUCACUGCAAGAUUCGGAUAG